ACCUUCAACUGCACCACAGACUAAAACAGUUAAAUGUGGUCUAUUAAACAUUAGGUCUCUCUAAGUCCCUGUUAGUACACUGUAAAAACGGUAACUAGUAUUUCUUGAUUUCAUUUAAGUUUUCAAAUUAAACUGAGUCAGAAAUAAAGCUUUCCAUUUGCAACCUACAAAAACUUGUCUGCCCAGGAAAUUUCCCUCAUUGUUGUCAUAACUAGGAUUUUCUAAACAGCAGAACAAAGAUUAUCAACUUUUGAGUAGAUUUUUUGAGUGAAGGCGGGAAGCCGUGGGAAACCCCGCAGAUGACUGAUGUGCGCAUGCGCACAUUGAACAAGCCCUGAAGGACAUGCCAGAAGAUUCUUUACAGAAGUGGGAGCGUGACCAUUUUGCACCAGCAGGUAAGCUACUUAAAUGUGUUGUUAGCGUUUUCCACAAGUGCCUAACAACAUUUCCAGCCUUUGACCUACUUCUGUGCUAAAGUCCGUUUCACACCGGCCAGCUUCGAGUUGCGUUGGGCGCCGUCAUGACGAUGCCACAUGGAAGCAACCCAGUGCUGAGAUGAAGUACUUCAACGCCAGAACAGUGACGGACGCAAAGGACGAAGCGAAUCAGACACCAAAAAUUAAACGUGUAAUUUUUUUCUGCGUUGAGCUCCGUGCUUUUAAAUUCUCUCACAACUGUGUUUAAAAAAAAGUCCAUAAAAGUCCUGCUCACAGACUGAUAUCAAGCAAAAAGUCCUGACAUCUCCAGUCCAGUCACAGACGAUUUGUUGGCUCGCCCACAUGUGAACAAUUAAAAGAAAAAAAAAAAUGUCUGGCUGCUGCAGUUCUCACUCUCCGCUCCAACUCUUUCAUAAUUGUGUUAAAGGAAAAAAGGACAUACGUCCUGCAGACUGAUUGCCACAGACAGGACAUGUCCACAUUUAUACACGGACGUUCGUUCGCACGCACAUUUCUUGGUCAAAGGAGGAAAGAUGAGCGCGGACCUGCAGCUUGGCACAAGAACAAAUACGAACGAGGAGAGAAAUCAAUGCACAGUGGCGCAGGUCAGAUUGUCUGCAGCUUCUCCUCUCCCCUCCCCUCCCCCGCUGCGCGCACCUGACGCACACAUUCCUGCGUUGUCAUGAAACCACACAAGCUGCUCGAAGCAGACCCGGUGUGAAAGUUAAUUGUCACAUACAAAUUAAAGUUGUGCUUCAUGCUCUGUGUUAUAAGAUUGCUACAUUUUCAGAGCUUUUUAAAUAAGCGGAAAGGAGACAGAAUAAUUGAGGAAUAAUAGUGUUGUUAAUGUUACAUUACAGAUAGUAUUUAUUUUUUCACAAUUAUUGUAUUUUUAUCAUAGUAACAAAGACAAAUGUUUGAAUUCACGUUUGCAUUUAUGUUACAUGUCAUGUAUGUUAUCAUGAUAUAGUAUGGUCAUAAAUAAGUUAAUAUGAUUCCCUACAUACUUUUUACGUGUUGUCUUUGGAUUUUGGCUUGUUGAUGUAUUUGGCUCCUGCAUCUAGGGAUUCCUUCUGUGUGUUAUAUGUGGAUAUUUUAAACCAUAUUGGCUGUUAGAAUAGUAUUUCAGACAAGUAGGGCUGCAAGCAAUAUUGAUUACAUUCUUAUGACUUUUUUUCAUAACAGUAGAUAUCAAUCCCAAUAAGUUUAACCUAAUAGUUUAAUAUGUAAUAUUUUAAAGUCUUUUCAAACUUAAACUUCCAUCAGGUUUUCUUAUAAGAACAUUCAGAAUAUAUCACAAUGUUUUUGACCAAAUACCUUUAUCAAUAUUGCAACAAUAUUGUAGUGAUGACUAGGGCUGGCUCGACUAGUCACGACUACGCUGAUUAUUGAAACCAUCGACAACUAAUUUAGUAGCCGACGAGUCAUUAAUUUUAUUUAAAGGACAUGUCGCAUGUGUUUAAUGUCCCAGUUAGCAGCACAGCAAAGUAGUAAUGAUUGUAAAUCUCUGCACACAUGCGCUCAUAAUUAGUGGUUUCUGAUGCUUUUUAUUCCUCUCCUGAAGCAGGGAAACAGGUGCAUUUCCAAAAAACAUCUCACUCAGCAAUUCUCUACAUUACUCUGUGUGUGAUGAAGAUCACAGCAUAACAGAUUAAUCCCACACAGAAACAGAGCAAAACGAAUCUGUUUCUGUCCAAAAAUUACAUUGGCCAUUUGAUAAAUCCUCAUCUCCCUGUAUGACAAAUUCAUCCUGGAUAUUGCCUGUUCAGUCAUGGAAUGUCACACAAUAGAGAGAAAUAUUGUUAUUUUAUGUUUAUAAAUUACAGGGACUGUUGCAAAAGUGCUUUUACCAAAACUGAUUGUGUCCUAUUUGUCUCUUCUGUCAGAGGUGGAUUUCAUGCAGUGCAGAUUUUGCAAAUUCACAAGCUCCAGUCAAGAGACUCUUCUGAAACAUUUUCGCCUUCAUCACGGACAAGGUGCACAUUGGCCUUGCAUUCACACAGACUGUGUAUGUGUAUUUAAAACAUCUGGAGCAUUACGAUCACAUCUUUCAAGAUCACACUCAGUAGUGAAAAUCCACAAAAAUUCAACAUUUCAGUGCGAAUUGUGUGAUUUUAAGGAGAUUUGCAGUGAAAAGACUUUUUGGAACCAUCUUGGACAUCAUUUAAAGAACCAAGAAACUGUACAAUGUCCCUUUCUAAGGUGUACCUUUAAAACAAACAUUCGCCCAACCUUCAGUUCUCACAGAAGUCGAAACCAUAAAAAUUGUACACUAGCUUAUAAUAUUGUGAGACCACAUGAGGUUGAAGAGAUUGUAGAAGAUGUGGAUAGUGAGAUACUUGAACACAAAUUGGCUUCUCUCUUUCUGUGUAUGCAAACAGUGUUGCAUGUUUCUCGAGCUGCAACACAAAAGAUUGUAGAGGAUUUGCGUAACCUGCUGUCUUUCUCUAACAUUCAUACUCUCAGAAGUGUCAAAGAGAUCCUUUCAAAACAUGAAACUGAAGUAAAUGAUUGUGUUUUGCAAGAAAUUUCUAAUGCUAUAGUUCAAACUAAUCCACUCCUUUUAACAAUAGAGAAGGGUUCCCUAUCUACAGAUCACCGAAGGAAUAUAUAUUUCAAAGAGCACUUUUCUGUUGUAGAACCCACAGAAUAUCUGUACAACACAGCUCAUAAAAACUCUUUUGUUUAUGUAUCUGUCACUAAGAUACUUGAGACUUUACUCAGCCGGGCAGAUUUUUUUUAACCAAAUUGUAUUUAAUCAAGAAGCUUUAUCUGGACACCUUAAGUCUUUUCAAGACGGCAAGUAUUACAAGGACAAUAAGCUACUGGGACAGCAAAACCUCUGUAUCAGUUUGGCAUUAUAUAUUGAUGAUUUUGAAGUUUGUAACCCACUGGGCACGUCUAGAAAACUUCAUAAGAUUACUGCAGUAUAUUGGGUAGUUCUAAAUUUACCAGCCAGAUUCCGAUCGAAUCUCAGUUCAAUUCAGCUAGCUCUCUUAGGUAAAAGUGUGGAUGUCAAACAGUAUGGUUAUGAAAAGUUUUUUGAGCCAUUGAUUAAAGAUAUAAGGUGUCUAGAACAAGAGGGAAUUUUUGUUGAAGUUGUGGGUCAGUUUGUUAAGGGCACUGUAUAUUGUGUAAGUGCCGAUAACCUUGGUGCACACGGUCUGGCAGGCUUUUAUGAAAGUUUUACUGUUGACAAGUUCUGUCGCUUUUGUUUGAUAAGUCGGGACCAAAUUGCAACCACUGAAGUUAAUGAUUUCCAAUUGAGGGGUGUUGAUCAACACAAUAAAUUUCUGGAAGAGCUUAGGCAGAAUGACAACCUCCAAAGUAUUAAUGGGGUAAAAAGGGAAUGUGUACUGGGCAAACAUCUACUGUUCUUUCACCCAAUAACUGGAUUUCCUCCAGAUGUUUUGCAUGACCUUUUUGAAGGAGUCAUCCCUUUGGAAUUGUCCUUAUGUUUGAAAAAUCUGAUUUCAAAAGGUUUCAUUACAUUUGAUGCAUUGAACAACUGCAUAAAAUCAUUUCCCUAUAAAUAUUCAGACAAAGUAAACAAGCCUAAGAAAAUUCCCAAAGCAAGCUUUGAAAAAGGAACAGUUGCCGGUAAUGGACAUGAAAAUUGGACACUGCUGCGCUUACUUCCUUUUAUAAUUGGAUGUAAGAUACCAGAACAGGAGCCAGCAUGGGAGAUUUUAAUGGACCUCAAGGAAAUUGUUGACAUUGUUGUGUCAAACAGACUCUCUGAGGAAGCAUUAGGUUAUUUAUCUUGCAAACUACUGGAUCAUCGCCUGUUGCUCACCCGUACCUUUCCAGAAUUCAGACUGAGGCCAAAACACCACUUCAUCGACCACUACCCACAUCUUAUUCGCUGCUAUGGGCCUUUAGUGGAAUUGUGGACAAUGAGAUUCGAAGCAAAACAUAGCUUCUUUAAAAAGGUGGUCCAUGACACAACUGGAAAAAUGUGCUGCUCACUCUUUCCUCAAAACACCAGCAGAUGAUGGCAUACCAUCUGGAUAGUGGAAACCUUUUCAAGCCAAAACUCUAUGUUGAAAAUGUGAAAGUGGACAGGGUUUCAGAAUUGGAUCCAUCACUCAAGUGUGAAAUACAGAAGAAGUACCCUCAUCUAGACAGUGUGUCUCUGUCUAAAACGAUUCACCUGCGUGGGACACAGUAUGUGGCGGGCAUGAUUUUAUCUGCUGGACAAUACAGUGGCCUCCCAGAAUUUCAUAAGAUUGUGACCAUUCUUGUCAAUGCAGAGGAGGUGACAUUCAUUUGUAAAAGACUGUUUUCCUGGUACAUUGAACAUUUCAGGUCCUAUGAGCUUGUUGAACACACCAUUGCCGACCUUCUUGCCCUGGAUCCAGAUGUGCUGAAGGAUUACCACCCUCUAACAGCAUACACAGUUGGUGGAAAGCUGAUGGUGACCCCAAGGACGUUCCUUCUCCAUUAAAGCAACUCAAAAUGACUUUGCUACUUCGGGUAGUUCUUUCCUCCAGAGAUGCCCAGCGAGUCCACCUUCCUGAAGUACCAGCAUCUGUGGGGCAAUUGAUUGAUAUACUUAAAGAGAGACUUGAACUUCCAGGUGAUUUCUCACUACAGUUCGAGGAUCCAGAAUUUGGAAAUGCACUAUGCAACUUGACGGCAAUAUCUGAAUUACCAUCUGAGCAUGCAGUCCUGCAUAUAAUGUGGAAUUGUGAUUCAUCUCCACUUAACCAAUCCACUGCUUCAGUGUCCUCUGCUUCAGUCUCCUCCCAGAACACAGUAAGUGUUCACUCUGAAGAUUUCAGGCCUAGCUGGACCGAUUCUAUCCAGAUGAACUUAAGGCAUACCUCAGAGUGGCCCUCUCCAUUUCCUAUCCCAAAGUUUUCAUAUGAUGUUGAACUGAAAUUGUGUAAGGCUAAUGUGAUAUAUGAAAAAUCUAAGAAGGGCCUUGUAGUGACAAGAGACAUGAAGACAGAGAUUUUGGAUGAAGAGGGCAGUACUUUCACCCUUAAAAAGCCCAAACGUGGAGAGGUCAAUCAUGUCCCAGAUCAUCCUCAACACCAUGAUGAUUCUACUCUUGAAAAGGAAAGAGUUGCUUUGGUUUAUGAAAUGAAGAAGAAACAAAAGAACAUAACAGUCAUACAGCAGAAGAUGGCACUGACAUUUUCUCUCAGGCGGAGAGAGGUCGUGGAGUGUCAACCUAUGGUAUCUGAGGUCCAGGAGAGAUGGCCUGCACUGUUUUCCUCUGAGGAGAAUUCCAUCGCAUCACGAGCAAAGACCUCCAGGGGACUUUCAAUGCAUCCCUUGACAAAUUUGUGCAUGGCCUGCUGAAACUGUACCGUCUAAGAAGGGAGCUCUUGGUGAGAAGAUGGAAGACCUCCUGGAUAAACUUGAUGAACAGACAUCCAACAUUGUGUCCCAUCGAAAGACAGCAGCACUGAGAGGCCUGCCCAUUUUCCUCCGAGAAGAUGCAACAAAGGUUUUCCUGAAGUGCUUGGACACUGACAUUUUGGAACCAGUGCUAAACGGUGCAUCUGUUGCCAUCCUCACCAUCCUACAAGAUGACGAUGCCGGGAUGUCUGUGCGAGACCAGGCAGUUGUGUUGGAAGGGGACAUCGUGCUACAUAACAUUCCAGACCUCUCUACUGCCUUGACAUACCUCUUUGGCCUUCUGUAUGCCCUCAACAUUGAUUAUCCAAAGCAGAUGAGGUAUACCUUUAAAGCAAGUCAGGCCAUCUUUUUUGAGCUCGGUGGCUCUCGAUGCUCACAGCGCAUAAGGUCCCUGAAAACAAAGCUUUUGCUGUGACUGUUAAUUGGGAAGCCAGACACGACUUUAACUUGUGUUCUUUAGCCUGUUCAAGUGCUUUGUAGUUGGGUCAUGUAACAGACAGUAGUUAACCCUCUUUGCCUCUGAUAAUCGUUUGACAGUUACCAAGAGUUGCAUAUUUAGUGUUUGAACUGUUGAUAUUCAUUAUUGUUCAAGUAAAACUAAUGUAUGUGUUAUGUGUCGGACGCAGCUCGGAGAACCGACCAGCGUUUGAAGGACCCAGUAUGAAAUAAGCAGAGCACGGUACAAAGGCUAACUGAAUUUAAUACAUAACAGUGAAAAUGUAAU